UAAUUCCCCUGAGCAAUCGAUUGCGAACAUUGGUUUGGUUUACUGUCUUUUAGAAGCCCUAAUCAACAUAUAAAUCUUACAAAGCCGAUUCAAAACCCAUCACUUGUCGGAAAAAUCGCCGGAAGAUAUGGGUUACGGUAAGCAUAGGCGAUCUAGAGGUGGCAAUUCGAAUCCAGGACAAACCAGUAGAAUUGAGAAUCUCGGAAGGGAAGAUGAGUCGCUUCCUCAUGAUCCAGGAUCUGAGGAUGAAGCAGUAGUUCCAAAUGUUCAGUUGGCAAUGUGGGACUUUGGUCAGUGUGAUGCAAAGAGGUGCACUGGUCGUAAGCUAGCUAGAUUCAACUUGUUAAAAGAACUACGUGUGAACACCGGCUUCGGAGGUGUUGUUUUAAGUCCAGUAGGUAGACAAUGUGUUUCCAAGGAAGACUAUGCUUUGAUUAAAAGUAGAGGAUUAGCUGUAGUUGAUUGUUCGUGGGCACGCUUAACUGAUGUCCCCUUUGCUAAGCUGCGUUGCACCGCUCCUCGUCUCUUACCAUGGUUAGUAGCAGCUAACCCAGUGAAUUAUGGAAGGCCUUGUGAGCUUUCUUGUGUGGAGGCUUUAUCUGCAGCUUUAAUUCUGUGUGGGGAGGAGGAGACUGCAAAUCUUUUGCUGGGGAAAUUCAAAUGGGGUCAUGCCUUUUUGUCUCUUAACAAGGAUAUUCUGAAGGAAUACUCGAAAUGCGAGAAUAGUGCCGAGAUCAUAUCAGUGCAAAAUUCUUGGCUUACUCAGCAAACUCAGAUCUCAAAACAACCAGCUCCCCUCAAAGAACAUGUUAGGAAAGAAGGUGAUGAAUCUGAGGAUGAUGAUGAUGAUGAUGAUGGCCUCCCUCCUCUUGAGAGGAACAUGAACCAUGUCAUAUCGGAAGACAGUGAAGAAGAAGAUGAGGAGGAGGAAGAGGAAGAUGAUGGUCUCCCUCCUCUAGAGAGGAACAUGAACCAUGUCAAGUUGGAAGACGGUGAGGAAGAUGAUGACAACAGCGAGUGAAGAAGACAGUGAGGGAUUAGUCUUACGCCUGGAGCAGUGUUGUUGAGUCUUGUGGAGUAUAAUACCAUGUAUUAUUAUGUUUCUUUUUCUAUUAAUAAAAACAAAUAUUAAUAUUUUCAA